UUGGCUAUCACCUCAGAAUUACCUUGCCGUACUGCCGCUGACGAAUAACGUUCAGUCGAGACCGAGCUCAUCCGCGAUACAGUUGCUUUUCGCAUCCAACAGACAAAAUGGCUGAUGUUCCCAAGCGUGAAAUUGAAAAUGUCGAAUUCGUGUUCGAAGUCAUGGGUUCCGCCGGCGAGGGCAUUGAUGCCGUCGAUCUAGGCGAUGCUCUGCGUGCCCUGAACUUGAACCCCACCUUGGCUCUGAUCGAGAAAAUGGGUGGCACCAAGAAGCGCAACGAGAAGAAGAUCAAGAUGGACGAAUUCCUGCCCAUUUACUCACAGGUCAAGAAGGAGAAGGAGCAGGGCUGCUACGAGGACUUCAUUGAGUGCUUGAAGCUCUACGACAAGGAGGAGAACGGCACCAUGAUGCUCGCUGAGCUGCAGCACGCCCUGCUGGCGCUUGGUGAGAGCUUGGAUGACGAGCAGGUUGAGACUCUGUUCGCUGACUGCAUGGAUCCCGAGGACGAUGAGGGAUUGAUCCCCUACUCUCAGUUCAUCCAGCGCCUGAUGAGCGAUCCCGUCGUCUUCGACUAAACACAUUCCUCGCCAGAAUGUGUGAAAGACCAGAUAUGUUGAAGUGAAUAUGAAAUGAAUGAAAUGAGUUGUUGAGACCGACAUCCAAUCAACAACAACUGAAACAACACCAACAGAUUUAUAGCAACAACCAUUCUCCAUAGAUGUUAUAUUCAUCGCUAACUCUCUCUAUCUCUCUCUCGUAUAUUAUUUUAAUUAAAUUUUACUUCUGCUACUACAACUGCAAU